CGUUCUGGUAAUUGUCUGGCCACAUUGAACUGGAAAGUCGAACCACAGAGCAGCAGUGCCGACCAAACCACGGACGAAACGACAUCUGUGGCAAACAAAUCCCUUCCUUCCAAGGCAUCCGCAUUUGUUUUGGCUCCUGGUGAUCGACACGUGAUAAUCGGCUUUGAGUCCGGCCACUUGGUCCUGUUCGACGUAAGUUCGAAAACCAUUCGACAAUCCAUCAACAAUGCGCACGAAGGAGCUGUUCGGGGUUUGGCGUUAACCGGUGACAAGAAAGGAUUCGUAUCUGGUGGUUCGGAUAAGCAGGUUGCGUUUUACAAUUUCGACCUAAGCGUUCCGGAGUUUGGACCACCUACUCUCUGUCUGAACGAAUCGCGUUCGAAGGAGACUGCGGCGGAUCAGAUCACUUGUCUGUCAGUUUCUCCCAAUAAUCGGCUGCUUGUGCUCGGUCUGGUCAAUUUUCAUGUUGACGUCUAUUUUGCCGAUUCCUUCAAGGGUCAUGAUGGUUCAAUCACGGGUAUCUCUGCCGUCGCGACGAAUGCUGCGUUUCUGGCACGUUCGUCUGCGCACCAAACAGCCAACAAUGCCACAAAGCGUGGAAAGAAAGGCAAAUCCCAAGCUAUGGAGCUGGACGAAGACGAUCUUGAUGAUGAGUUUGAAGAUUUGUGUGGCGGUGUUAUUGCAUCUUGUGGUCGAGAUUUCAGUGUGCGCAUUUGGACUGAAUCCGAAGAGUUAUUGAUUCUGGAGGAGCAGGAGCAGUUGGCUCGUGAGGCUGCCGAAGACGAGGAACUAGUGCGUUCCGAGGCCGUCAUUCCCGGUGCUGUCCCAACAGAAGCUAGUGAAACUGGGCUUCUGGGUCGUCCAACUCCGAAUACACGAGAUGCGGCUGAUAUGCUGAUGGAAGCUAUGGAUAUCUAUGAUCAAGAAAUAAUUAAACAACAACAAGCGGCUCGGGGCAAGCAAGUCGCACCACCACAUCCUCUCAUGUUGGCUCGGGGCACAGACUCGCCGGAACGCUUUCUCUUAUCCAGCCUAGCCGCACUUCGUGCUCCAUCCACCAGACUAGGUGGCGGUGGGGCUGGACUGGAACACGCUCUGGGUGCAAUUACCACGGAGCAUGCCAAGCGUUUGUUGCCGCGACUUGCUGACUGGUUGUCCAAAGGAUGGGAAGUGGAAUUGGUCGGCCGGGCUAUACGACAUUUGGUGACCUUGCAUUUUGGUUUGAUUGUGACCUGCUCGGAAAUGCGUGAGGUGCUUCAUCAGUCACGUGAAGCGCGAUUGAAUACGAUGGGCCAGGUGAAGUCCUUAAUCGGCACUAAUCUGGCCGGCUUGAACUAUUUGAAGAAGAAAAUUGAGGAUAACAACCAGGCCACUCUGUUUGAGGAGUUACUCGGUGAACGAGAUCGACGGAUUCGGAAACAAAAGGCUAAGCGGAACAAACUGGCUCUUCUAAUUCCUGGUUAA